UCCUUUAUUUACUACAAGUGAAGUAAACCUGUUCUUCAAGUCCCUGUUGAUCUAUAACCCUGGUUGCUCAUAAACUGUGUCCAGAUUACUCUGUGGACUCUGCAGUCAGCGAGGAGCACUUCUUCUUCCUAACUGCCUUUUCUGCAACAAACAACCGCAGCUAUAAAAGCAGCUUCCCGCGCUAACAGGAACCUGCCAUGGCGCUGCGCCCACGUGCUUCCUCUCAGCCUGGAAAACUUUCCUUUUUCCAGAGUCCGAAGGUGGCUUCAGCCCUUCGACCGCGGGCUGUUUCCUCGCGCUCGGGCUCCAUGCUGGAAGACGAGCUGUCUUGUCCCGUCUGCUGUGAGAUCUUCAAGGACCCCGUGGUGCUCAAGUGCAGCCACAGCUUCUGCAGAGACUGUCUGCAGCAGUUCUGGAACAAGAAGAAGGCCAGGCGUGAGUGUCCCGUCUGCAGGAGGAAGUGCUCCCUGACGGAGCCCACGGUGAGCCUGGCGCUGAAGAAUGUGGCCGACACCUUCCUGAGGGAGCAGGAUCGCAGGACGGCUGCGGCUGGAGCAGGUGAAGGGGCCGAUGGGACAGGGAUGCAAGAAGUGAUGGUGGAGGUGGAGUGCGCCACACAUGGGGAAGUUCUCAAGCUCUUCUGUCUGGAUGACUUUGAAGCCCUCUGCUGUGUGUGUCACACCUCCAAGAAGCACCAGGGACACAGAGUGUGCCCCUUAGAAGAGGGAGCACAGGACCUAAAGGCUGAGAUGAAGAAGGAUCUGGUUCCUCUGAAGAAAAACUUGCGGUGCCUGUAUGAAGCCAAGCAGGAGUGUGAUGACACAACUGUGCACAUCAAGAACCAGACUCAAGCCACAGAAAAGCAGAUCAAGGAGGAGUUUGAGCAGCUGCGCGAGUUUCUUCAGAGGGAGGAGACGGCUCGCUUGGCUGCCCUGCGGCAGGAGGAUGAGGAGAAGAAAGAGCUGGUGAAGAAGAAGUCAGAAAGCAUCACUAGAGGUAUCCUCACCUUCUCACAUGCCGUCAUUGCCAUUGAGAAUGAGAUUGCUUCCAGCGAUGCUCUCUUCCUGAAGAAUUAUGCCAACACAAAGAAAAGAGCAGAAAUUCCACAGAAUAAUCCAGAAAAAGUGUCGGGUGCUCUUAUAAAUGUGGCCAAGCAUGUCGGUUCCCUCAAGUACCAUGUAUGGGAGAAGAUGGCGGAGCUGGUUCAGUACACACCCAUCACCCUGGACCCCAACACUGCCUACUCCUGGUUGUCCCUGUCCACAGACCUGACCUGUGUCGCCAACAGCGGAUGUCUCCAGAAGCUCCCAGACAAUCCUGAACGUUUCGGUCACUUUGUGUUCCUACUGGGCUCCGAGGGCUUCACUUCAGGCCGCCACGCCUGGGAGGUGGAAGUGGGCGACAAGUCAGACUGGAUGCUCGGGGUGGUCAAGGAGUCCAUCGACAGGAAAGGCCGAAUUUCGGGCUGUCCCGAGGGCGGCUUUUGGAUGAUCUCACACUACGAGGGCGAGUACUCGGCCAUGACAAGGCCCAGCACCCCGCUGCAUCUAGAGGGAGAGCUGACCCGAGUCCGGGUGCAGCUGGACUAUGAAUCCGGAGAGGUGACCUUCUCCAACCCUGUCAGCAUGACGCCCAUCUACACCUUUUCCGACUACUUCACUGAGAAGAUGUACCCCUUUCUCUGCCCAGGAGCCAACAUCAAUGGCAACAACCCCAGCCCGCUUAAGAUCUGCCCUGCAAAGGUGGCUGUAUGGAACAGUGCCACAUGGUGAUUGGACAACACCUCACAGAGGAUAUAUUU